GAAAAAGGGGCAGCAGAGUGAAGUGUCUGCAGUCCGCUAGAUCCCACACACCUGCAACCCAUACACACAUACGCACGCACGCUCGCGCCCGUGCGCGUGUCAAAAGAUAGACGGCGGGAAUCCGGUACGCUCGCGCCUCGUUUGUUUUUCCGCGCUUUUUUUUCUCACUUCAGCGCUGCGUCUGUAUGAAGCUCCUCCAUCACGAGCGCGCAGACCAGAGACACUCCGCCACACGGACAACGAUGCGGGACUGAGAGCCGAGCGCGACACACGGACUGACAGACAGACAGACAGAGAGACAGAAAGAAGUAGAAAGGUGUCUUGUGAGGGUGGGUGGGGGGAAGGAAAGGAAAGGAAAACAUGGUGACCUGUUUUCUUCAGUAAAAGAAGAGAAGCAGAGCGAGCAAAAAGCCCGGGCGGAGGAAAACCCUUCACCGUCGCAUGGGGGCCAUGAGCGGCGCGGACACGGCAGCCACCAAACUGUUGAACUUAACCCAACGCUCUGCUUCUGAAGACCUGGGCUGCAGAAGGGGAGAGUUCAGUAGGAAGCACUAUGGAUCAGUAGAACUGCUGAUCUCCAGCGAUGCAGACGGAGCCAUACAAAGAGCCGGACGGUUCAGGGUGGAGAACGGUUCCUUAGAUGAGAAUAUAGACUACACACCAGGAACUUGGAGGAGAACCGAUGUCCAUCUGGAGAACCCAGAGUACCACACCAGAUGGUUUUUCAAGUACUUCCUUGGAAAAGUCCAUCAGAACUAUGUUGGUGUGGACGCAGAGAAGAACCCAUUCUACUUAUCUGUGGUCUUGUCAGACCAGAACAACCAGAGGGUUCCUCAGUACCGAGCCAUCCUUUGGCGCAAAACGGGUACUCUUAAGAUUAGCCUUCCCUACAGCCCUACGAAAACUCUAUCAGUCAAAUCCAUAUUAAGUGCUAUGAACAUGGAGCGCUUUGAGAAGGGUCCUAGAGAGAUCCUCAACCCAGAGAUCCAAAAGGAUCUUCUGGUACUGGAAGAGCAAGAGGGCAGCGUAAACUUUAAAUUUGGAGUCCUCUAUGCCAAAGAUGGCCAGUUGACAGAUGAUGAAAUGUUUAGUAAUGAGACCGGAAGUGAGAACUUUGACAAGUUUUUGAAUUUGCUUGGCGACACAAUUUGCCUGCAAGGCUGGGCAGGUUAUAGAGGAGGACUGGACACUAAAAAUGACACUACAGGAAUACACUCCAUAUAUACAGUAUAUCAGGGUCAUGAGCUUAUGUUUCACGUAUCUACCAUGUUACCUUACUCUAAAGAGAAUAAGCAACAGGUGGAGAGAAAGAGACAUAUCGGGAAUGACAUUGUCACCAUCGUAUUCCAGGAAGGAGACGAUGCCUCCCCGUCUUUCAAGCCCUCCAUGAUUCGAUCUCAUUUCACACAUAUUUUUGCCUUAGUUAGAUACAACAGUCAGAAUGACAGCUAUAGGUUGAAGAUUUUCUCAGAAGAGAGUGUACCGUUGUUCGGACCACCCCUUCCUUCACCGCCAGUAUUUACAGACCACCAGGAGUUCAGGGACUUUUUACUAGUCAAAUUAAUAAAUGGAGAGAAAGCCACUCUUGAGACCCCCACGUUUGCUCAGAAACGUCAGCGGACUCUUGAUAUGCUGAUCAGAACUCUGUUUCAGGACCUCAUGCCAGACCUGCACAAGGUUCCCUUUUCUCCACAGAACAUGUUAAACCGUAGGUCCUUUAGUGACGUGCUGCCUGAAUCACCCAAGUCAGCUCGCAAGAAGGAGGAGGCACGCCAGGCAGAGUUUGUCCGGAUAGGGCAGGCAUUGAAAUUGAAGACCAUAGUUAGAGGGGAUGCACCUACUAGUCUAGUCAACACUGGUCUUUGCAGGAAAGAGCCAUGGGAGUCGCAGUCUUUUUACAGUAGCUUUGCACAUGAAAUCGUCUGUGGAGAUUCCUGGGGGCAAUCGUUAUUGGUAGCCACAGACUCAGCUGGGGUCGUGUUGUUAGAGGCCUCGGAUCCCUUGCUUUCUAGUGCAGACUCUCCAUCCCUGCCUCCGGUUCAAGUGAUCGACAAGACUCUGGCAGUUAAACAGAUGCAUGUACUUGAACCUCAGGAUCUUCUUAUUAUGAGGGCUGAUAAAGGGAAAGACGCCCGACUGUACGUGUAUAAACUGAGCGCUCUUAAGCGCGGGAUCGAGGAGAGGCAGCUGGUGCGCACCAAAUGUGACAGCAGAGAGAACAAACUGGAGAAAACCAAAGGCUGCCAUUUGUAUUCCAUAAACACACACCAUGGUGUGGAGCUUCGCAUUGUGGCGGCGAUCAGGAACAAGCUCCUCCUUAUAACAAGGAAACACCCGCGUCUCGACUGCCUCAGCUGUGUCAGCACAAGCAUCGGUGCGAGUGACUCCCCUGUUGAGGAGUUCCAGUACAUCCGGGAGAUCUGCCUGUGUGAUUCUCCAGUUGUCAUGGCAUUGGUCGAUGGGCCGACAGGAGAGAAUGAUCACAUGAUCUGCGUGGCAUACAAACACCAGUUUGACCUGAUCAAUGAGAGCACAGGGGACGCCUACCGACUGCACCAUGUGGACUCCAACCGGGUCAAUUUUGUAGCGGCUAUAGACGUGUAUGAAGAUGGCGAGGCCGGGUUACUGCUCUGCUAUAACAAUCUCUGCGCCUACAAGAAGGUGUGUCCGUUUAAUGGGGCCACACCCAUGAUUCAGCCAAACUCUUCUGAUUUUCACUUCAGCUGGAAUCAAAUGCCUAAUGGUAUUGUGUGCGCAUUCCCCUACAUUCUGGCCUUCACCACCGACUCCAUAGAGAUCCGACUGGUGGUAAACGGAAACCUGGUUUACACUGCUGUGGUCCCAGAGCUUUAUCUGGUUGCAUCUAGGUCUGACAUUUACUUCAUAUCAUCAGCUCCAGUAAACUCUGCCUCCAACUGUAGCUCCAGAGACACCAGUUCCCAGAGUUCACCUCAAACUCCAACAGGCUAUGAGAUGCCUAUUUUCCCCUCACCCCUCGGUGAUGAUUGUAUUCGGAUCCCCUACGGCACCAAGCUUUCCCUCUACAUGUCUAAAGAUUCUGAAGGCGAAGCUCCCUUCAAACACAUCUAUAAGAUCCCACUCUGUAACCUUGUAGGGCGAAGCAUAGAGAGGCCACUUAAAUCGCCAUUAGUCAGUAAGAUGCUCAUGGGUGCAGCGCCUGGUGUGAUAGGUCCCACCUCCAUGAUCUCCACCACUCCCUCUCUCUCACUGUCUCGCAUGGAGAUCAAAGAGAUCGCCAGCCGAACAAGGAAAGAACUGCUGGGUUUAGCUGAAGAACCCAGUAGCAAGUCAGACAGUGGCUCCAUGAAACAGAGGAAGACAAGCAGGAAAACAAAGGAGGAGGAGAAAAGGCGACCAGCAGUGAUCGCAAGCACUGAGCAAGUCGGGUUGGAGUGUAUUGAUGGGGAUAUUGACAUUCAACGACAUUGUUCCUCCGGUUCAGAGGCGGAGCCUCCUGAGGGCAGCCCACCCCUGACCAGCACUUUAACACUCUCUACAUCCUUCGAUGAGGACAUCCUGGACCUGAAGUGAUGACAAUCCCGUAAUGUGUCUCUUGCCACCCCUCCUCAAUGCCACAUGCGCUCUAUGUGUUUAGUUCUUUUUUUCUUUCGGAUUUUUUUUACUUUUGUAUCCGUCCACAUCUACACUAGGUGAUGUAGAAAUGGAACCACAAAGCUUUGCACCUGAGUGAGUUUACAAUAACCAGUGUGAUAUGAAGGUUAAAAUGCACUUGUUUGUGUGUGCGUGCGUGCGUGUGUAUGUGUGUUUCUGUCUUUUCAUUGAGACUCAAGCUGAACUUGGCAACAGUCAUAAUAAUAUCAAAUAUGCUGUAAGGAAAAGAAAAAGUGAAUGAGCUCUGGGAUAAAAAUGCGAGAAACAAAAAAGGCUUCCUCCUGUAUGAAGUAAAUCGCAGGGCCUCAAUCAGGUUUUGAUGACACAGAACUUGUCAGAUACACUUAAUGAUAAUGUAGCCAUGGAAGACUUGGGGUCAUAACAAAUUUCCAGGUCAAAAGAUAUGAUCCAAAGCAUAGCAUAGUAUCGCAAAGCAUCGCAACCAAGCCUGAUUGUAAAUCUCAAGCAUCUAAGUCAGAUUAUUGAUUACAAUUUAAAUCCUGUGAUUUAUCUGUCAAUUGCACACUGUAAUUAUUUUAAAGAGUUAAACAAAAAUAAAAUAUCUAUACAUCUGCACACAUUAAGAUAAACACAUUAUUUUAUAUAUACUGUAUAUACACCGAUCAGGCAUAACAUUAUGACUAGUGAA